UGCGCGCCCGCCGGAGAGCUGGGUGCCACCGCCGUCGCCACCGCUGAGCCCUGCCCGCCGGCCGGCCGGCUCGCUAGCUCGCUUCCCUCGCCCAGGGGGAAAGGUCAGCAGCGUCCUGGAGCCGCCGUGUCACUCCCCGAAAGCCAUGAACUGCAGCGAGAGCCAGCGGCUGCGAACCCUUCUGAGCCGCCUGUUGCUCGAGCUGCACUAUCGGGGUAACGCCAGCGGCCUGGGCGCUGGCCCUGGUCCCAGCAUGGGCAUGGGGGUCGUGCCUGACCCUUUCGUGGGCCGCGAGGUGACCAGCGCCAAGGGCGACGACGCCUAUCUCUACAUCCUGCUCAUCAUGAUCUUCUACGCCUGCUUGGCCGGAGGCCUCAUCCUGGCCUACACCCGCUCCCGUAAGCUCGUUGAGGCCAAGGACGAGCGGUCCCAGGCUUGCGCCGAGCACGAACGGGCCCCGGGAGGCGCCCCAGCCGCUGACGCCGAGACUGCCGCGGUCUUCCUGGCCGAGAGCCGCCACCAGCUUGCCCCAGGGGGGCUACCUGCCCUCGCCCAGGGCGCCGAGCGGGUCUAGAACCACAACCACAGUUUGCUGGUUCGCGCCCUCCUCAACUCGCUCAACCCUGGGCGCGGCUUCUGCCUUCCACCCAGCACUCUUUUCCAGGGUUUGCCUCACCUGAGUCCCAGAUAAUGGUGAGAGGCCAGGAGACCUUGUCUGGAAGGCCCUGGAAGGAGAAGCACCACCUUACCCAUUCCUGGCCAGUUUCUCCCUCUUCAUUCCUGCGCCUCCACCCCCACCCCACCCCCAACUGCACUAAACUGCCUCUGCUCUCUUGUCUUCAGACAGCCCUGACAGCACGCUCCAGCCCUCUGGGAACUGAAUCCAACACGUCCAACACUUGGCAUUGAACUGAAGCAAUGCAUUCUAUCAGAACUCUGGGCCGUCUAACUGGCAGCUGCUCCAGGGACUGUCAGGGACUGCUCACUGCAGAGCCAACGGGCUUGCCAGGCCGACUGCAGCAGCUCCAGCUUCCAGUUGCCUUAGGGACAGAGACAAAGAAAAUGAAGAGACCUCAGAUAUCUUUUCCCUCCCUCUCUCUUUCAGCAGGGAGCUAGCAGGACACUAGGACCAGUCUGUGGGAUAGAAUGGACUUAAUGCGGGACGGGUCGGGGAGGAGUGUUCAACGGCGAGGGAAAAGAUCUGUAACUCCAACUGUGUGGUUUGCUUGCCUCCCCAGUUUCCACCCCAGUGGUAACUUGCCUGAUUUUUGGUAGCUCUGCCAUCUUCUGCUGAGGGUUAUCAUGACCGGGGGGAUCACCCCAAUACUUCAGAUGCCUCUCUGUAUUGAUUCAGUUGUUAUUGCAGUGUCUGCUUCAUCCAUGGAACUUGAGGCUCAGAUGUGCCCUGCUCUGUAACCCUGGGGAAUGUCAGAGGCAGGUAAUAAAGGUUGUUUAAACAAUA